AUGCCAUUUGACUACAGUCCAAUUUUUACACAACAAGCAGUCGAGCGUAAUGAUUUGGUAGAAGAAUACUUUAAACUUGGAUUUGCUUACACAGAAAUUCUUCUUUUUCUUCAAUGUCGUCAUGACAUUAGACUGAGCAUAAGACAGCUGAAACGCAUUCUUAGAGUAAGAGGUUUGAAACGAAGAGGUAACCAAGAGAAUCAUAUGAACGUAAUAACAGCCAUUGAAAGUGAAUUAAAUGGCAGUGGAAGUUGUGUUGGUUACCGACAAAUGCACCAAAGAAUGCAAAUAAAGUAUGGUUUUGUUGUGGCUAGGGAAACAGUGAGAAUAAUUUUAAAAGUUCUUGAUCCAAAUGGCGUUGAAACUAGGUCAAGAAGACGUCUCAGACGUCGAGAAUACCGUGGUAGGGGACCGAACUUUAUUUGGCAUAUAGACGGUUAUGACAAACUGAAACCUUACGGAUUUUCUGUUCAUGCGGCAAUCGAUGGUUACAGCCGGAGAAUAUUAUGGCUUGAGGUGUUUCCCACCAACAAAGAUCCAACGUAUAUUGCUAGGUAUUUUUUAGACUGCAUUCGUCAAUUAGGUGUUGUCCCAAGAGUCGUGAGGGCUGACCGAGGGACGGAAAAUGUCAAUGUUUGUGCGAUUCAGAGAUUCCUAAGGGCAGAUUCAGAAGAUUCGUUCGCUGGGGAAAAGAGUUUUAUGUAUGGAACGUCGACAAGUAACCAGAGAAUCGAAUCCUGGUGGUCUCAGCUUUGA